UUGGGUUAACCUAAAUAUCUAAAUAUUUUCAUAAUAAUAACAAAGUUUGAUAAAACAAGGCAUUGGUUAAACUCUCAUUGUUUCUAGGAUUAUUUUUAUAAUAUAUCAUCAUGGUUCGAAAGAAAAAAGAAUACGACGAGAGUAAAGAGGAACGUAUGGUUAUGACAAUCGGAGAAAUUAUACAGGAAUUAUUGAAAGCGCACAAUGAAAACAGGGAUGUGGAUUUAAAUAAAUUAAAAACCCGAAUCGCUUCGAAAUAUGGCCUAGACAGUUCACCCAGAUUAGUUGACAUCAUAGCGGCUGUACCUUUGGAAGCUAGAAAUAUAUUAGUACCAAAACUGAAGGCCAAACCUAUUAGGACAGCUAGUGGAAUAGCUGUAGUAGCUGUAAUGUGUAAACCACACAGAUGCCCCCAUAUUAACAUGACAGGAAAUAUUUGUGUAUAUUGUCCUGGUGGACCAGAUUCAGAUUUUGAGUAUUCAACACAAUCAUAUACUGGUUACGAGCCUACAUCCAUGAGAGCCAUUCGUGCAAGAUACAAUCCAUUCUUGCAAACAAGGCAUCGUAUUGAACAGCUAAAACAAUUAGGACACAGUGUAGAUAAAAUAGAAUUUAUUGUCAUGGGGGGUACUUUCAUGUCCCUACCAGAAGAUUACAGAGAUUACUUCAUUCGAAAUUUACAUGAUGCAUUAUCUGGACAUGUUAGCAGUAAUAUUGACGAAGCAGUGAAAUAUUCUGAGAGAAGUCGAACAAAAUGCAUUGGUAUUACCAUAGAAACAAGGCCAGAUUAUUGCCUUAAGAAACAUCUUUCUGACAUGUUACGCUAUGGGUGUACUCGUUUAGAAAUCGGUGUACAGUCUGUGUAUGAAGAUGUAGCAAGGGAUACCAAUAGGGGACACACUGUGCGUGCAGUGUGCGAGAGCUUUCAGAUGUCCAAAGAUGCUGGUUUUAAAGUAAUAGCCCAUAUGAUGCCAGAUUUACCAAAUGUGGAUAUCGAGAGGGAUGUUAAUCAAUUCAUUGAAUUCUUCGAAAACCCUGCAUUCAGGGCAGAUGGUUUAAAAAUUUAUCCAACAUUAGUUAUUCGAGGCACAGGUUUGUACGAGCUGUGGAAAACUGGAAGAUAUAACAGCUACCCGCCUAGCGUUCUAAUUGAUCUUAUAGCUCGUAUAUUGGCUCUUGUUCCGCCUUGGACUCGUGUUUAUCGCGUGCAAAGGGAUAUACCUAUGCCUUUAGUCAGUUCUGGGGUAGAACAUGGAAAUCUGCGUGAACUAGCGCUGGCAAGAAUGAAGGACUUAGGUACUGACUGUCGCGACGUGAGAACUCGGGAAGUAGGUAUACAGGAAAUUCAUCAUAAAGUGCAACCGUAUGAAGUAGAAUUGAUACGGCGCGAUUAUGUUGCCAAUGGUGGCUGGGAAACAUUUUUAUCCUACGAGGAUCCUACACAGGAUAUUUUGGUCGGUUUGCUAAGAUUGCGAAAAUGUUCCAAUGAAACUUUUAGACCAGAACUUAAAGAGAAGUGCUCAAUAGUAAGAGAGCUUCAUGUAUACGGCAGUGUGGUCCCUGUAAACGCUCGGGAUCCCACAAAGUUUCAGCAUCAAGGUUUUGGUAUGUUAUUAAUGGAAGAAGCUGAGCGUAUAGCGAAAGAGGAACAUCAAUCUCAUAAAAUUUCCGUCAUAUCAGGCGUUGGAACGCGAAACUAUUACAGAAAAAUGGGAUACGAACUCGACGGUCCGUAUAUGUCGAAAAUGUUAAUAAAUUGCAAAUAAACGGUGAUUUACGUUUGUACAAUA